CUUCAUCUAUUUCGAUUCAGAACCACGCUGGAAUUCAAUAGCAAUUCAGUAGGUGUAGUUUUUUUUGUUCUCUCUCUUUUUUUGCGAUUCAUCAGCAAUUCAGCAGGAGUAGUUGCCUGUAAUUGUAAUUUGGAUCGACGACAGUUCAGUAUUUUGUCCCAAUCGCGGUACCAGUACUAGUCAGUCCCCCACAUAGCUAGAGAUCUCCACAGCUCAAGUCAAGGUUGCGGCCUUCCCGAUGGAUGAUAAGAACCAGGAAGGCGAACCCGUGCCGACGACGAAGCCGCAGGAGAGGCUGAGCAACAAGGAAGAAUAUGCCACCUCCACGGAGGCCGGCGGCGGCGGCAGCAGCCGAUGGUCUCGUCAAGAUCCGGUCGGAAAUGGAUGACGCCUUCCACGGUGCCACCAUGAAGUAAGAGUAAGAGUAAGAGAGCUAUCGAUAUUUUUAUACUUCCAUAGAUGUUAUGUGUGUUCGAUGCUCACACAGAGCAAAGUAAGAAAGCUUUUUUUGCCAACAAUGAAAGUAAAAACUCACAACAUUAUAAAUAUCUAAGGAGUAGUUUAAUAAAAUCUAAAAAUAAUUUAAAUAUAUAAUAAAAGUAAUUUAUGACAUAUAUUUUAGUUAGAAUAUAAUCAUGUGAGAUCUUGUUAUAAAGAUUUAGUUACAAUGAAUACAAUAAUAUAAGUGGAUUAUAUAUCAGAUAAAUAAUUUUUUUAAAAAAAUCAUUUGAAGCAUGGUUAUUAGAGAUCUUUCUUUACUAUUACAUUCUUGGAUAUCCCCUCCUGGAAAAGAGAUACUCUCUUCGUUUCAGGUCAUGAGACGUUUUGAUUUUGAUUAAAGUCAAAUUACUUUAAAUAUGACAAAGUUUAUAGAAAAAUAUAAUAAUAUUUAUAAUACGAAAUUAGUUUUAUUAAAUCAAUAAUUGAAUAUAUUUUCACAAUAAAUUUGUUUUGAGUUAAAAAUAUUAUUAUUUUUUUUACAAACUUAAUCAAACUUGAAGCAGUUUGAUUUUGACCAAAGUCAACACGUUAGCUGAAACGGAGGGAGUACACGCUGAUAUUGAUUAGGACUAAGUAUUAUACAAGCACUCUCUUCACUCGUAGUAUUAAUUCUUCCAUCCAAACUCCUAAUCCCACGCACACAAGUUGCCAAAGAAGCGGUCUGGUAUAGUAUAUUGAACCACAGGGAGAGUCCCGAAAAUGCUUUAAGCCGGACGUCCGGCGUUUGGAAAAAAAUCGGCCUACCAUCGCUUCUAUCCACUCGUUCUCUUUCAACUCCACCAACCACCAGCCACAUGUUAUCCUUAUCCCUUCAACUUCCCAAUUUCUCUCUCUCUCUCCCCCAACUUCCUACCUUCUCUCUCCGUACAACCUCACUAUUGACGGAGAAGAUACGACGACGACCUCACCGGCGGCGGCAUCCCCCACAACGAGCUUCGAGGUUACGGAGGAGGUACGAUGACCUCGGCGGCGGCGGCGUUCGUCGACCUCGCUAGUGGUGGGCAUCCCCGACGACAAGCUUCGAGGAUACAGAGAAGGUAAGAUGACCUCGCCGCCUCCGACGUCCCCCACGGCGAGCGUCGAGUCUGUGGAAGGAGGUACGACGACGACGACCUUACCAGCAACGACGUCUCCCUGAUUAGCGUGGAGACUGUGGGAGGAGGCGUCGUCCCCAUCCACCAAGGAGCUCACCGAGCUUGGCCACCAUGUCCUCUUGAAAGCUUCGCCAUCGUCUCCUCCUAGGCAUGUGUUGUUGCUCCGUGCUCAGGGCUCAACUCUCGGUUUGUUGCAGUUUGGUGUGUAUGUUUGUUGCACUUUGAUUAUUUGGGUGUUUCAUUAUCUUUUGGUUAGAUGUUGCAUAAGAUGUGCAAUGUUUUUUCUUUGAUGUUCCACACAACAGGCUCUCGAUGUUGCAAUUAGUUUUUUUUCCAAUGUCGCAUGUGUGUGAAACAUUUUUUACUACACAAUGAAACAUUUUUCACUGAGUAAUGAAAUGUCUGAAACAAUUUUUAUUGAAACAUUAUAUUCUGAGUGAUGAAACAUUUGCAACAUUUUUUUAUGAGGUGAAACACCGUCCGGAAAUUGGCCAGGGAUAGGACGUCCGAUCCUAGUCCUCUCCGGAGAGUCCUGUGUACACGCCAGGUGGGACCAAACCGUUUAACGUCCUCCGUGGUGCGGUGGGGCCCAGCGCCAGUGGCCAAUCCCUUUUCACUCCUGCGACUAAUCAGCGAUAUGUAGUUUGUGGCUCAGUUCGGCACAGGUUUCAACACAAACAGUAAGCAUGGAAAACAUAGCGGUCUAUUAGCGAAUGAUUAAUUAAAUAUUAGCUAAUUUUUUUAAAAAAAAUAGGUUAAUUUGAUUUUUUAAGUACCGUUUGUAUAGAUACUUUUUUUUGAAAAAACAGUUUAGCAGUUUGAAAAAUGUGCGCGUGGAAAACGAAGGAGGGGUUGGAAAAGAAGUCACAAACACACCCCAAGCUUCUUCUCCUUCCCCUUUUCUCCCUCCCUCCCUUCUCCGCGAUGAAACAUGGGAUCAUCUUUUUGAGUCGGUGAGCGAGCGAUUCAGGUGGUGGUUGGGGGAGUUGCACCGGUGGGGGUGAUGGAUUCUGGUAAUAUUGGAGGGAGUCUCCAGUCGUCGAGCGGCGGCGACGACGAGUUCGAUUCGCGGGGAGGUGGUGGUGGGGUGGAGGGGGCGGGGGCGGCAGUGGCCGCGGCGCCGGCGACGGCGAGGAGGUCGAGGAAGCGGACGAGGGCGUCGUGGCGGACGGUGACCACCGACCCCUCCAACUUCCGCGCCAUGGUGCAGGAGUUCACCGGGAUCCCCUCGCCGCCGUUCGUCGCGGGCGUCGGGGCACCCGCCGCCUCGCUCCGCACGCGCUUCGACCACCUCUUCCCCUCGCCGGCGUCCGCCCUCCGCUCCGCCGCCGCCGGCGAUCCGGCAUCCUCGCUGCCGCCGUACCUCCUCCGCCCCAUCGCGCAGAAGCUCCCCACGGCUUCGGCGCAGAACAGCACCAUGCAGCAGACUCGUGAUCCCAGCGCACUUCCGCAUUCAUCCAGCUUCGUCACAUGGACGCCGGACGAAUUUCAUUCACCCGGUUUCAACUCAUCGAAACAGGAUGAACGGUUUGUGCUCGAGAACACUCUCCGUGGUAUGUACGAACUUAUUAAGCUCGCGGAGUGUUGGGUUCGCAAGGAUUAUUCCAUUGCUAAUCUCCUCCAAGAAGCCAAGGAUACAGUGUACUGUGCUGAAGAUCUCUUGGACGAGCUCAAUUACUAUGAGCUCCAGGACGGAGUUGGGUUCAGUGCGAAUAGAUCUUCAUGCCCAGAGUUUUCUGACAUCAAGAUGACGGAAAUCCAUGGAAAGCUCAAUUCUCUCAAAGAACAAAUGGGGCAUUUGGGCUUGCAUGACAUGCAACCACAGCAUUUUAUUUUUGAAUCGGUCAGCCAGAAAUACGGCAAUCUCAUGUACGACAGAACAAACUUUGGCUAUCAGGAAGAGUUGCAGGUGUUGAUUGAUUCAUUUAUUUUGGACAAGAACAGUCUGACCAGCGAGCAAGUCUCUGAGGUGCCCAGCAGUGGUCGAGCUGGACAGAAGAAUCUGUCCGUUUUGACAAUAGUAGGAGAUGGUGGUAUCGGGAAGACUGCCCUGGCUCAUUGUUCUUUCAAUGAUCAGAAAGUUCAGGAUCAUUUUGAUCUUCUUGUUUGGAUAUGUGUCUCAGAUGGCUUUGAUGACAAGAAGCUGAUUAAGAGGUUAGCAUGGGCUAUUGCCGAAAGCGAAAUGAAAUCUGAUGAUCUAAUUUGUCUCCAGAGAGUUCUAACUAAUGGCAUGAUUCAUCACUCAAGGAGGCUGUUGCUUGUGCUUGAUGAUUUGCAGGAGGAUGUAUGCCAAGAAUAUUACCUUGGAUGGGAAAGGUUUCUUGCCCCCCUAAAAUGUGCCAGUCCAGGAAGUAUGGUUUUGGUGACCACAAGAUCGAUGAAGGUUGCUGAACAUAUUAGUUCAGUCUGCUUGCAAUUGGAAGGUUUACCCAAUGAAAUUAAUUGGCAUUUGUUUAGCAUGCAUGCAUUUGAUUUACCGAUUUCUGACAGUGAUCAAGAGGUUGAGUGUAUUGGCAGAAAAAUAGCUGCAAGGCUAAAUGGUUCUCCUCUUGGUGCUAAAAUUGUUGGAUGUCUACUGAACUUGAAACUGGAUGCUGUAUACUGGAAGAGUAUAUUGGAAAGUGAGUUGUGGGAGUUGGGCCAUCACAAGGAAACCAGAAUCUGGCCAGCCCUUCACUUGAGCUACCAAUAUCUCCCCUUCCAUUUGAAACGAUGCUUCUCCUUCUGUUCUAUGUACCCCAAGAGUCAUGAAUUUGAUGCAGAGACACUUGUGGAUAGCUGGGUAGCAGUGGGAUUAGUUGUGUCCAAUGGAAGCGUGCCUGCUGUAGAUAUCGGCCAUGAGUACUUUGAUCAGCUUGUGAGACGAUCCUUCUUUCAGAUAUCUCCAACAUCUUCCAGUUCUCGGCAUGCAUAUGUCAUGCAAGGUUUGCUGUAUGAAACUGCGCAGAAAAUUUCAACAAACGAAUGCUUUGUGAUUAAAGACAGCAGUGACUUGUUGAGAAUACCUCCCAAAGUUCGUCAUGUGUCAAUACUCCACUUUAGUGGUCUUAGUAGCAGCGAUUUAGAAAGCCUGCACAAGUACAAGACAUUGCGGUCAGUUGUUUGCAUUAGCAUUGACUCUGAUGUCAUUACUACUUCUGUACUUGAAACAUGGUUCUGUCAUCUCACUAACAUCCGGAUGCUGAGGUUCAUAUCAUGCCGGCUGAAGGAGCUACUGGGGAAUGUUGGUAACCUGAUACUUCUUCGCUAUCUCGACAUUUCCUCCUGUGACUUCGAGGCACUUCCUGAUUCUUUUUGGCGUCUUCGUAAUCUGGAAAUCCUGGAUGCUCAAAACUGCAGAUUUGAUAGUGUUCCCAAGGACAUUGUCAAGCUCGUGAAAUUGAGGAAGGCUAGACUGAGGAGUGAUCUUAACAACCAGCUCGGACAUGUGCCUGGAGUAGGCAAUCUUAUCUAUCUUCAAGAUAUGCCUUACUAUGCUGUUGAUGAUACACCAGGAAGGGGAAUUCAAGAGCUGAAGAACCUGAACAAUCUCCGAGGUGCACUAGAGAUCAGUGGCCUUCACAAUGUCACAAGCAAGGAGCAAGCAGUUGAGGCUGAUCUAGACAAGAAAACCCAUCUCAACACAUUGACUCUUUCAUGGCAUGACUCGAUCAGGCCUGACAAACACAACGGCGAACAGGAGAUGGAGGUGCUCGAAAGCCUACGCCCUAGCCCCAGCAUCAAGAAUCUGGAAGUGAGGUUCUACAUGGGCUCCGGAUUUCAUCCAAGUUGGCUCCUCGACGAUGAGCCAAUCAGUAGCAGGUUGGAAUCGCUCUCGAUCAGCUCCUGCCCUAACAUAGCGAGCCUGUUCAUCACCGUGACGGGGAGCAGCAGCAGAGGCAGCUCACCUGUAGUGUUCAGAUCACUCACCAAGCUGAGCGUCACCUGGUGCAGAAAGCUAAUGAGCCUCGACAAUCUCCUGCAGCCAGAGCUUCUACCUGAAAUCAAGGUGAUACGGAUCUCCAACUGCGAGGAGUUAGCAUCAUUGCCGACGAAUCAGCUCAUCAAAUUCACUCACCUGGAGGAUCUGGAGGUGUCCCACUGCUGGAGCCUGAGCUGGGAGCAAGGCCUGACCCUGCCCAGAUCCCUGAAAUCGCUCAAGCUGGAAGCUUGCGGAGAGCUCACGGAUUCAGUUCUCCGAUGCGGCCUGCGUGAACUCCCUGUGCUCGUGAGCUUGGAGUUGCAGUUUUGCUCCGGGGUGGAGUGCAUCGGCGGUGAGAUAUGGAGCGAAAUGCCGUCUCUCCAGAGGCUGAAGAUCUUCUGCUGCCAGGAGCUGAGCUCCAUCGGAGGAGAAGAAUCCAUUGCUAGGGUGGAGAGUGUUGAUAUCAGGCAUUGCCCAAAGCUGAGAGAGCUGGAGCAGCCGUUUCAGAGAGGCUAACUGAACUGUCAUCUGCUGCUGCCUGCUGUUGCCACGACCCAAAAUGUCUGUAAAUGUACACUGCUGUUAACCCUGCUGCAAUGUACCAAUGGAUCGUGUUUUUGUCUAGACAAAACAAUUUGAGUCUGUAGUCUCCCCUUGUAAUGUAGGAGUAUGUAUGUAUGUAUGUUCUGUUAUUACCAAGAGUAUAUGUAUGUUCUGUAAUUGACAAGAGCUGACGAUUUGUACCAACUGUAAUAAAAAUCAGGCAAUGAUGUACUUCGGCUUUGCGA